UGAAAAACGCUAUCAGUGAAUGAAUUAUGUGAUGCCAUGUGAUUACUGAAUAAAUAAUAAUUCAAAUAUUUCAUCUAAUUUCUAAAAUAAAGCAUAUAAUGCCGAAAGUUCGCACACAAGUUACUUCUCGUGUCCACACGGAAGUGGCGAGACAAGGAAUUUUAUUUAAUAAGGAUAAAGGUCAGCAUAUAUUGAAAAAUCCUUUAAUUAUUCAAAGUAUGCUUGAAAAAGCUGCACUUAGGCCGACUGAUGUUGUAUUGGAGAUAGGUCCUGGUACAGGCAAUAUGACUAUAAAAAUGCUCGAGAAAGCAAAAAAAGUAAUAGCGUGCGAAAUUGAUUCAAGAAUGAUAGCAGAAUUACAAAAACGUGUUCAAGGAAGUAUAUACCAAUCAAAAUUACAAAUAGUGUAUGGAGAUGUAUUGAAAUCAGAUUUACCAUUUUUUGAUUUGUGCGUUGCUAACAUCCCUUAUCAGAUAUCAUCACCAUUAGUAUUUAAGUUACUUUCACACAGACCAUUUUUCAGAUGUGCUGUACUUAUGUUCCAAAGAGAAUUUGCAGAACGCUUGGUAGCUAAACCUGGUGAUAAAUUAUAUUGUCGCUUAAGUAUUAACACACAAUUAUUGGCACGAAUAGAUAUGUUGAUGAAAGUUGGAAAGAAUAACUUUAGACCUCCACCUAAAGUAGAAUCGAAUGUAGUGAGAAUUGAACCAAGAAAUCCACCACCUCCGCUUAAUUAUCAGGAAUGGGAUGGUCUGACACGGAUUGCUUUCGUGAGAAAAAAUAAAACGCUGUCUGCAGCUUUCAAACAAACCACAGUUGUUACUAUGUUAGAGAAAAAUUAUAAAAUUCAUUGUAGUUUGAAUAAUAAGAUUGUAUCAGAUAAUUUUGAUAUCAAGCAAUUGAUAGACCAUAUAUUAGAAAAAGCAGAUGCUAAGAAUAAACGAGCUAGAACUAUGGACACAGAUGAUUUUAUCAGCCUGUUACAUGCAUUCAACGCGGAUGGUGUGCAUUUUAUAUAAAUUUAUAUAUUAGGAUAUA